CGCCCGCUUCAUGUGGCCCGGCCCGCGGCGGCCGGCGGCUGGGAGCGGAAGGGCGGCGGCGGCGGCGGCGGCGAGUGGCGGCCUGCGAGGCCCCGGAGGCAGUGGCCGAGGCCCAGGAGGCGGCGGCGGCCCGGGAGGCUGCGGACGGGAAGCGGAGGGAGCAGGCCGGGGUGGGCCCUGGAGCGGCCGCCUGGCUGCAGCAUGCGCGCCCGCCGGGGGCUGCUGCGGCUGCCGCGCCGCUCGCUGCUUGCCGCGCUCUUCUUCUUCUCGCUCUCGUCCUCGCUGCUCUACUUCGUCUAUGUGGCGCCCGGCAUAGUGAACACCUACCUCUUCAUGAUGCAAGCUCAAGGCAUUCUGAUCCGGGACAACGUGAGGACAAUCGGUGCUCAGGUGUAUGAGCAGAUGCUUCGGAGUGCUUACGCCAAGAGGAACAGCAGUGUAAAUGACUCAGAUUAUCCUCUUGACUUGAACCACAGUGAAACCUUCCUACAAACCACAACAUUUCUUCCUGAAGACUUCACCUACUUUGCAAACCAUACCUGCCCUGAAAGGCUCCCUUCCAUGAAGGGCCCAAUAGACAUAAACAUGAGUGAAAUCGGAAUGGAUUACAUUCAUGAAAUCUUCUCCAAAGACCCAGCCAUCAAGCUCGGAGGUCACUGGAAGCCUUCUGAUUGCAUGCCUCGAUGGAAGGUGGCAAUCCUGAUCCCCUUCCGGAAUAGGCAUGAGCACCUUCCAGUCCUAUUCAGACACCUGAUUCCCAUGCUUCAGCGCCAGCGCCUUCAGUUUGCAUUUUAUGUGGUUGAACAAGUCGGUACCCAGCCCUUUAAUCGAGCCAUGCUGUUCAACGUUGGUUUUCAAGAGGCAAUGAAGGACCUGAAUUGGGACUGUCUCAUCUUCCAUGAUGUGGAUCAUAUACCAGAAAAUGAUCGCAACUAUUAUGGGUGUGGACAGAUGCCAAGGCACUUUGCAACUAAAUUGGAUAAGUAUAUGUAUCUGCUUCCUUACACCGAGUUCUUCGGAGGAGUGAGCGGCUUAACGGUGGAACAGUUCUGGAAAAUCAAUGGCUUUCCUAAUGCUUUCUGGGGCUGGGGUGGAGAGGAUGACGACCUCUGGAACAGAGUACAGAAUGCAGGCUAUUCUGUGAGCCGGCCAGAAGGUGACACAGGGAAGUAUAAGUCCAUCCCUCAUCACCAUCGAGGAGAAGUUCAGUUUCUUGGAAGGUACGCUCUGCUGAGGAAGUCAAAAGAACGACAAGGACUGGAUGGCCUCAACAACCUGAACUACUUUGCAAACAUCACAUACGACGCCUUGUAUAAAAACAUAACUGUCAACUUGACACCCGAGCUGGCUCAGGUGAACGAGUACUGAGACAGGGACAGAAUGUACAUUUGCUUUACCCACCACCAUCAAGAAAGCAGUCUGAUGAGGCGUUGUUGAGUGUCCACACAGGAAGAGAGUAGAAGGGUGGCGUCUAGUGAAGGAUCACAGGUCCGCGCACACGCACAAAUGCCUUCACUGGGCUGGCCCGCUGCACUGAGGGAGUGAGCCCAGACUUCCUUUCUCAGCACUGGCUUUCUGUUUUCAUCAGAUGGACGUCUGUCCUGCUGCUCUCUCCCCUGUCUCCUGCCCCCACAUCCUGUCUUAGCCACAAUCUCCAGAACCUGUGAUGAACUAUGAUCUGCCUUGGUCCUGCCGUGGAGCCUGUCCCUACAAAUGACUUUUGGAACCUCUUGGCCUCCAGAGCAAAGAGGCAACACCCCCCCCACCCCCCCACAGGGCAGCUGUGUUUUAGGAAGAGCAGAUGAAACCCCACACACCAUUCUUCUGUAUUUCUGGUGUUCUCUUUGGUUUCAUUUUUUUUUAAAUAACGAAACAAGACAUUACCUGCUUUGGGUGGGGAUCGAGGGUGGAGGGGAGGGACUUGGGAAAGAUAAAUAGACAUAAAUAUAUAACAAUCACUUCUUGAAGAAGUAAAUUGUAAAUAAGCCAUGUAAAAUGCCUUUUUUAAAUUUAAUUUUAUAGCUGGCUCCAAGUCAAAUGAGGAUUUAUACAUUAGAUCACUUAUUUGGUUGGCAAAUGUAGGAACUCAGUUAAAAUGCAAUUGAAGAGUAUAUCAUCUCUCAAAUUGCUGUCACUUUGGGAAAGGAGUGGAUAUAAGGUGUGUCGUACACACAUCAAAAAGAACAAAAUAAUCCAGUCUUCAUCACUGGUAGCUGCCUGCUCCAUCCCUUCCCUUCUUCCACAAGUCCUGCUCUGGACUCUCACUCCAGAUUCUCUCCCCCUCUAGGCUGUAGCAGAUUGUUCUUCCCGCUCAGAGCAGACCCUGGGGGAGCUUGCUGUGCACACGUCCUGGCUCUUGGGCUUGACUUUUUGUCCUUGCAUGGCCAGAAGGAUCUGAGAGUGGUGUCGUGUGUGAUUCUCCCCUCCCGUCUUUCUCUUGUCAACUUGGCCACAGUUCCUGAAAGAUGUGCCUAAAUUACCAGCUGUUUUCCUUGAUUCCUUUGUUUCCCUUUUUGGUUUCUGGAGUGAUUGUUUGUCAACAUUAUUAACUAGUAGAAAGAACUAAUAAGCAAUUGAAUUAGGGAGAAUCCAGUCAGGGUCAGCUGUGUAUCGAGGGUCAGCUGGAGUCCAGGUAAGAUCAGAAUCAAGGCUUUGAAAUUAGACAAAGCAGAGCUCCGGAAUGCAAGAGCCCAGGGGCUCUGCUAUGUCCCUACCUGCUUUUUGAAGUCGUAUUCUAAAUUGCAUUUGAAUUUGUGCCUCUUUGUUUUUCCCUGAACCAAAGCCCUCAUGGUCCCUAUCAGCUUAGUGCAUAAUUCUGGAAAAUGCCAGUUUUUCCCCCCACUUCCUUUCCAUAAAACAUAUUUAUAUAUUGUGAUUAGGAGUGCUUUCUGAAGAGUACUUCUUAUUUUUUUUAAUUGCCUUGUUUGCCUUCAACUUCCUUAAUUUUCAUAGUUUACAUGAGUGUGUGUGUAGAUAUGUCUGGGUCUGGGCUUAUUUCGUAGCAUGUAUUGGUUCCGUGGACAUAUGAUCCCCGCAGACUGUGGGAGUGAUUGGCCAGGACUUGUUUUUUGUUCGUGAUUUUGUUCUUUUGAAGAAUAGAGUGGCAUUUAGAAAAUAAAUUGCAUUGCAAAACUCUUAUCAGCUCGUAUGUGAGAGCAGGCACCUGCCCUUGAAAGUGCUGGUAAGUUGUAUCAUAUGUUUUAAAAGAAUUUCAAGCAUUUCAUGCUUUAAAAUACCUUCAUGAGGGAACAUUACAAAAGUUCAUUUGGUUUUCCUUUGUUCUACUGUGCGUAUAGCAAUAAAGACCCCACCCCAGGCCUUUGUGCCAGCCUUGGCUCUCUUACCCUUCUCAUUCUGCUCUCCUCUCUCUUCUGUGAAGGCUGUGAGUUGCUUACCAUGAGAGAUGUCACGCAGAAGGAUUUGCCAGGACAGACUCCUUCUUGGUUCAGAAUGAUGUGUGUAUGUGUGGGAGUGUUGUAAGAUGACCUUGUUUGAAGCUCUGUGUUAACAUAAUUAUCCUCAAGUACAACCUAGCACUAAUUUUGAAAAAAAAAAUGCUGAGUUGAGGACAAAAGGAAAGGUCUCUUUUCACUGCUUAAGGUAACCUCACUUAUUUCUCUUGCAGUCAUGACUUUGAGUUUGCGCUUAUUAGCGCGGAAUCUUGCAGUGUGCGUUGUCAGUCUUUAUCCACCACAUUGAAUGGUGUCCGGGAAAUGUGAUAGUUAAAAACACACAGCCAUUUCCAAGUGCUGCUAAUAGUGUGAAAUUCCCAUGUUAACAAGCAAACAAACAAACAAAAAAAACCCAGUAAGAAUCAAGUGUGACCUUGUGCAUGUUUUGGCAGCUGAAGUUCUUCAAGGCUACUGAUGGGUGACUUCAAAAUCAAUUUCUUUCUUUUUUCUUGAGACAGAGUCUUACUAUGUUGCCCUGGGUAGAGUGCUGUGGCAUCACAGCUCACAGCAACCUCCACCUCUUGGGCUUAAGGGAUUCUCUUGCCUCAGCCUCCCGAGUAGCUGGGACUACAGGUGCCCGCCACAAUGCCUGGCCUAUUUUUUUCUUUUUUGCAGUUUUUAGCCAAGGCUGGGUUUGAACCCACCACCUCCAGCAUAUGGGGCUGGCGCCCUACUCCUUUGAGCCACAGGCGCUGCCCCCCCCCUUUUUUUUUAAUGUAGUUGUCAAUUGUUUGGCAGGCCCAGGCUGGGUUCAAACCCACCAGCUCUGGUGGAUGUGGCUGGCGCCCCCAGCUGCUGAGCAGUCAAAAUCAAUCUUGUCUUUGAUGCCAUGUGCUGGGAAAGGUUCCCCCUUUUCAGGUUGUUUUUUGGGAGGUAUUUUGACACAACAGGGACUCUUGACAGAGCUCCUGUACCACAGACAUCAAUAGCUGAGCAACAGCCACAUGUAUUGAUUGUAUCCACUCACAGUUGACGAUGGCAUUGAAAGUAGCUAGCUUAUUUCCACCAUUGUGUGUUUUUGAGCUUGCUCUUAUGUUUUAAGAGAUGCCAGGGGUACAUUUUUGCACUGAAAUCUUAAGAUGUUUAAAAAAAACACUUUUCAUAGAAAUAGUCCUUUGUCAUUACAUUAUUUACUCAUGUGUUUGUACAUUUUUGUAUGUUAAUUUAUGAAUGAUUUUUUCAGUAAAAAACACAUAUUCAAGAACCAAA